AUGGCGGAAAGCAAUGCGAUGUCCUCGGCGCUUUCGCGUCUUCGGAUCGCAUCCGACGAAGAUCCAGAAAGCCGAGGACGAAGUGACAGCAGUGAGAGCAGCGACGGCUGGGCGGAGGAGCGGCGGCGGCGCGCGAUCUGGGAGAGCCUGCGCAUGCCUGACGUCGACGAAGAAGGAUUCGUGGACCUCACAGCUCUCCUGCAUCGCUCGCUUCCCAGACAUGCGCCGCCGGGGUGGGCGGUUCACGGCGAAGGCUUUCACGCCGAAGUCGCGAUGCAGGCUGUCGAAGUCGGAGAGCCCCCCAUGGACGUUGGGUACAACCUCGGCGCCUUCGCUCUAGCACAACACAACCCCGGUAACGCGCCUCCAUCCUCUUCCUCUUCUCCAUCUUCGUCUUCUUCUCCAUCUUCGUCUUCUUCCUCUUCUUCCUCUUCUUCCUCUUCUUCCUCGUCUUCCUCUUCUUCUCCAUUUUUGUCUUCUUCCUCUGUGGCAUCACGGCCUGGCAUGCGAGAGAGACUGGAAUUUCAGUCGCGACUCGUGGCGGGGAACGUUCCCGAUGAGGAACUCGCCUGCGUGAUGAAUCGUCUCCUGCGCCUGCUUCUUCCGACUGUGACGGAAGGGAGACACUUUGCGCAAACUGUUCUGCAGUGUGUGUGCUUCCACACGCCGCUUCAGAGCGUGGUGCGCCGCACGCGAGAGACGCGGGGAAAACAGAGAGAGGAAAGUGUGAAGAGAAGCGACGAAGACCUCGAUCGAGACGACAGACGAGGCGAGAGCCAAGACUCCCGCCUCCUUCUUCUGCAAAGGCUCCCGCUCCUCCAAGCCUUCUGUCGUUGUCUACUGCACGCCUGUGUCGCGCUGGACGAAAUCCUUCAAGGCGCCCGGAUGGAUCGGCUUAUAUUCGAGGAAGACCACCGCGUCUUCUGGCCAGGCCGCCGCCUGCAGCAGCUCGCAGACCGUCGCGAGUUCCACCUCUUGUCCUGGGCCCCUGCGUCACACAGCGAAGAGGAAAAGGAAGCGGACCACGCGGAAGCUGCCGCUGACGGCGUUUACCGGGACCCGGACGAGCCGAGAGACACAGGGAGCCGAACAGGCGAAGGCAAGGGGCGAGAGUGCAGGAUCGAGUGUCCAGAUGAAACGCGAAGGAGCGCACGGGAAGGCACCUGUCGAGCGCGCAAAGAGAUUUCCUGGUUCGAAGAUUCUCUCGCCGUGACUUGGCAGGUCUGUGGAGUCAACAUCGACAGCCUCCUUGCCCUCGAGGAUACCCAGCCUCGAUCAGCCAUUCACACGCUCAAAAAGGAACUUCGUGACUUUCUCUAUUCUCGAACGAACCAAAGAAAUAUGCGCGAGUCGCCACCCAAUGCUGCCAACCUCGGCCCGAAACAAAACCACGUCGAAGGCAUCGCGUUUGCAUGUCGCUUCGUCCUCCGGUUUCUCCUUCUCCUCCGCGGCAUGCAACGCGUCGACGCCGGGCUGGUUCCCGCCAUCCGCGGCUUUCUCGCUCAAACCCCACACGCGCGGCGCCUCUUGCCAGCGGCGGGGCGAAGCGACUCGGCUACGUGUCCUCUGACAAAGCAAAAGGAAAGAGACACGGCGCAUCGAGACCAGAGCCCUGGAGAGGAGAAGAGGAGAGAACAGCGGGGAGAAAGGGAGGAAGCGAGAGAGGACGAAGACCGGGAGGAAGAAGGGCAUGGUGUCGUUGCCACAUUAGUUCGCAGUUUUGCCCGGACCAAGCGACAGAUCGACUUCCUCAACGCGCUGCUGGAAAGGGAAGAGCACCGACAAAAGAGGAACGACGGGGUUGGCGAACCAGAAGGCGGGAGCGACCUGCGAGACGAAGACGAGACAAUCCGAGAAGAAGGGACUGCCCCGCUUUGGUUUGAUUCGCUGUUCGUCCAGCAGUGCGGCGUGCUGCCUCUGCAGCCUGUACAGCCUCCGUCUCGCCGUGUCUUCUUCACCACCACGCGGGCUCUUCUGCACCGUUUGUCGUCUCUGCUGAGCGUCUCCAUAUCUUCUCUGUCUCUGUGCGUCCGCGACGGCUCUCGCCCUCCUUCGUCUUGGGGUUCUCUCGAGCCUCUCGAGCCUCUCGAGUUCUCGUCUGUCUCUUCUUCGGAAGCCUCCUGCCUUUUCCCUCCGUGCCUCCUUCAACAUCUGAACGCUCUCCGGCCGUGGCCCCAGUCCCUGUCUGCUUCGUUGCCAGCCGCGGGCCUAUCUCCCAAUCUUCGACAGCCUUCGCUCCAUCCUUCUGCCAUCGCAUGCGUUAGCCGAGCGGCAGACACUCUUAGGUUCGCUCCUUUUUCUUCUCCGGUUUCCUCUUCUUCCUCCGCUUCCGCUUCUUCCUCUUCUUUCGCUUCUUCCUCUUCUUUCGCUUCUUCCUCUCCUUCCGCUUCUUUCUCUUCUUUCUCUUCAUCUGCGCUUCUCUCUCCGUCGCCACUCCCCGGAUUGGCUGAGGACGUGGCCUUGCUUCGCGUCUUCGCCUUGCGUCUUCUGCAGACGGUGAUGGCAGCGACGGAAGACUCUGAGAAGUGUCGCGGCGACGCGCGCCGUUUCCAGGAAAGCCUCGUCGCCACUAUUUCUGGAGAAGGCGAAAGAGGAAAACCAGUCAAACGUAAAUUUGCACCCGAGGAAAGAAACGAACUGGAAGACGCCUGGUUCUUCUCCGUCCCGCGCUCGUGGCGGCGACAAGCGGAGGUUCUCCUCUCUCACGCGACGGCAGCGCCUUGGCAACAGCCUCGCUCUCGACUCUCUUGCGCUCCUGUUCCCCCUGGCGGCUCGCCUCGUCUGUCUUCGCUGCAUGCAUGCAUGCAUGCGCCGGGUUCUUCACUCCCCUCCGUCGCGGUCUCUCCCUGUGCCGGUGAGAAGGCGCGUGAAGACAGGCAACCAACCAGCCAGACCCAGGAAGCGACGGAAACGGAGAGAAACCGAAACGAGGCGCGAGUGCAAAGAGCUGCCUCGGAGGCCCUCACGGCCUUCGCCGACGCCCUCGCAGAGGCUCUCGAAGCCAACGCGACUAGCUGCCACUUGAGUCUCGCGCGGCAUCACCGCGACCUGAAACGGCGCAUGCGACAAGUCGGGGAUGUUCUCAAGAGCGCGCUUGCGGCCCAGGCUCUCGCCGCCGUUCGUCUGGAACUGGAAACGAAGAACGGGGCGUCCCCAACAGGAGAGUCUCAGACGACAAGGCCCUUCUCUCCACACCUCUCCGGCCCCCUGUCUCCUUCUCUUUCUUCCUCUUCGCCCUCUUCUUCCUUUUCUCCCUCUUAUUCCUCGUCUCCGUCUCUUUGGAAACUCGCGGCAGCUCCAGUCGUUGUGGCGCUUCGCCUGCUGCUGUGGCAGCACCGGCAGCGGCUGCUCGUUUCGGCUUCACUGGAUCUGUUGCGCCCGCAAGAGACGUGUCUCCUCUUCUGGCACCUUUGUCUCCUGGACCUAACUGACAACCAAUUCCAAGUUGAGGUUUGUUUCUGGGAAGGCGAAGAGGCGGAUCUCGAGAAUGGGCGUGCCUUUGCGUAUGGUUUCGCCUCGUUCUGUCUGCGCCUUCAGGUGACCUGUUCUGACCCGCGUCUGUUUGCGGCAUUCUUCUCGUCUCUCCUCUCGCCUGCAUUUGCCUCGUUGCUGCCGCAGUGGACGAAUCAGUUGAAAACGAACGAGGCAAAGCAGCGAGACGAACGCGGAUCCGCGACCUCGCACGCUUCCGGUGGUGUGGCGAGCAGGGCGCGAGGCGCCGCGACCACACCCGCGAGAAGCGAAGACUUGGACAACGGCAACUUUUCAGACUGGCCGCUUCCUCCCGGGUUUAUCUUCUUCUGUCUCUUCGUGUAA